AUGAAAUAAUUUUAAUUAGCAUCAGCAAUAUUUUUGAAGGAAUUUUUGAGGCUGGUUGAUUUGUCGUCUUUGAAUAUUGAGAGCAUAGAUGAACGCAUAGAAUAAUUAAAAACUCAAAUUUUAUUAAAUCAAUAAUUUAAUGGAUUUAUAAAAGAAGAGGAAAAUUAUAAUCCUUUCACCAAAUGGUCAGAACAGGAAAAUCUUAACUAAUAGAAAACUAAAAAAAAACAAACAAACUAGAUUAAAUGUAAUGGUAAACAGUAUUUCUAAUGCGGCAAAUGUUCUAAAAAAUUUAAUCACCCUUCAAGCUUAUCUAGACAUAAGAAGAAUCAACAUACAAAUAUAAAGCAAGACCUGAUAGAAUUAAAAUAGCUUUAAACCCAACAACAAGAAAUAGUCAUUACUUUGACAGAUCUCCAAAAUUGA